GUGCGCGCGGCGGCGGCGCCGGGGCAGCAGCGCGUCCUGCGGCUCGCGGGGGCCGCGCGGGGCCUCCCAGAGCCGCCGGGCCCGGCCCGAGCGCCAGCGGCUAAAAACAAUAAACAGUUGAACUUCUCUUUAUGAAACUGAUCAUCACUCAAGUGUAGUUUUUGAUGUAUGGUCUCUAAAGCCCCCCACUAUGCCAGCAGCUACUGUAGACCAUAGCCAAAGAAUCUGUGAAGUUUGGGCUUGUAACUUGGAUGAAGAGAUGAAGAAAAUUCGUCAAGUUAUACGGAAGUAUAACUAUGUAGCCAUGGACACAGAAUUUCCAGGAGUGGUUGCAAGGCCUAUUGGAGAAUUCAGAAGCAACGCAGACUAUCAGUACCAACUAUUGCGCUGCAAUGUCGACUUGCUAAAAAUAAUUCAGCUAGGACUGACAUUUAUGAAUGAGCAAGGAGAAUAUCCUCCAGGAACUUCAACUUGGCAAUUUAAUUUUAAAUUUAACUUAACAGAAGAUAUGUAUGCUCAGGACUCUAUUGAACUGUUGACGACAUCUGGUAUCCAGUUUAAAAAGCAUGAAGAAGAGGGAAUUGAGACACAGUAUUUUGCAGAACUGCUCAUGACAUCAGGAGUUGUACUGUGUGAAGGAGUCAAGUGGCUUUCCUUUCAUAGCGGAUAUGACUUUGGCUAUCUAAUCAAAAUCCUGACAAACUCCAAUUUACCUGAGGAAGAGUUGGACUUCUUUGAGAUACUGCGGUUGUUUUUCCCUGUCAUCUAUGAUGUAAAAUAUCUCAUGAAGAGUUGCAAAAACCUGAAGGGUGGAUUACAAGAAGUGGCUGAGCAGUUAGAGCUGGAAAGGAUAGGACCACAGCAUCAGGCAGGAUCCGAUUCUUUACUCACAGGAAUGGCCUUUUUCAAAAUGAGAGAAAUGUUCUUUGAAGAUCACAUUGAUGAUGCCAAAUAUUGUGGCCACUUAUAUGGCCUUGGUUCGGGCUCAUCUUAUGUACAAAACGGCACAGGAAACGCUUAUGAAGAAGAAGCCAACAAGCAGUCAUGACAUGAAAUGAAAGGCCAUCUUUUUGACCUCCACAUGCUUGUAUAUAGGUUUUAUCUCUGGCUGAACCCCUUGGACAAUAAGGCUUUUUUCCCCCCUUUCUCAGUACACUUUCUUUUCUGCCUUUCUAUGUACUAAACUUGACUGUUCCUAUCACAGAUUUUGAUCUUGAUAUGUAAAAUUUUCUGGGUUACAUUUUGGCCUCUUAACUAGCCCAUUUGUAAAGAAGCAUGUAUAGGAUCAGUGUGGAAGAGAGAAGGGGAAAGUUGAAUCAUAAUGAACAGUCUGGUAAAUUUACCUAUAUUGUUUUUCCAGUUUUUUGUCUCUUUCCCCUCCCUUCCUCAAUUAAUUGGCUCUGAUUGUAAUUAACUUCCCUCUUCAUGUCUGUUCCUUCCACUGUGCAGGCGUUUUAGCUAUUCAAGAUUGUGGACCAUCAGAUUUGCACUUUAGAGAGAGACUGACUCAGAUCCUCUGUUUUAUUUGAAGUUUGUUUUGGUUUUUUCUCUUGCCCUCAGCUAGAAAACAAUCAUCUGCCAAGUUCAGCAGCUUCAAGCUGUAUUUGCUUGGCAUCUCACCCCGUAAUCUCUGUUUGUUAAAGCGAAACAAACUACUGAAAUCAUAGUAACUGCUCUUAUUUUACUAUUGUUCAGUCAUCUUCAAACACAUCCUGCACGUGUCAACUGCUGUUUGGCCUGCUGCUUUAAAACCACUCUGUGAUGGGGGAAAGAGGCUUGAAAAAACAGCUUUACACCCUUCAGGAAAAGAACAGCUAUGGCUUUAGCCUUUUUGCCAUUAAGCUGAGAGUUGAAGAAUAUUGGAAAAGUAGAAGUCUUGUAAUGGCACACUUCCCUUGAUUAACCUCCUAGCUUUUAUUCUAGUAAUGUGCACCUCAGAUAUUUUUUAUGAAGUCAUAUUUAUUAUGUACUUGAUUUCAUGAUUUUUGUAAGUCAGUUUAGUUGAAGAUAAAACCCAAAGAUCUGAAAAAAUACUAUUUAAUUGAAAUAUUGAAUUAGAAGGACAAUUAAAUCAUGCUUUUUUGUAGUUGUUACAAAGACAGAUGUUACAGAUACUUGUUGUGAAACAACAAAAUAUGAAUAAUUUACAGCUAAUAAAGUUACCUGAGGAGUGUAAUGCUAGCUUAUUUUUGAGUAUAUUUUACAAUGUAUUUUAGAUAUAUCGUUUUAAAGGACCCUGGAGAAUGUUCUCAACUCUGCAUAGCAUAUAUACAGAGCAGUUGUGCAGGAAGGAGUUUUGGUAUUGAAUAGCUAAAUACUAGCCUGAAAUGAUGGAACGUGUGACAUUGUGUGUCUGCGUGUGCACACGUGUGCGUGACACAGAAAUCAAUGGUAGAAAAAUCUCCAAAUGUUCACCAAAUAUUCUGUUUUAUCUUGUACUUAAAAGCAAAAGAUCAAACACCUUUCUCUCAUUGAAUUAUGAUGAUGUAACUGGGCAGUCCUUUUUAAACAAGUAAUUUGCAUAACAGAGGGUAUUUGUUUUUAAAGCUUUUGUAAAUAAAGGCCUAAGAAAUGUUUUCUUACAUAACAA